AUGUCGGAAUCGUUCCUGAAUGGAUACGAGUCGGGCGAUUACUCUUCCGACCAGGCGAACAUCAUUUGCUUAAGUGACUCAUACAAGUAUCCUCCGGGUACGACAGAAGUAUAUUCGUAUUUCGAAAGCCGUGGCGGGAAGUUUUCUGAGACCGUAUUCUUUGGAUUGCAGUACAUUUUGAAGAAGUACCUUGUUGGCUCUGUGGUCACCGAGAGGAAAAUUCGCGAAGCUAAAGAAAUGAUGCGUGAACACUUUGGGAGAGAUUUGAUGAACGAAGAUGGGUGGCGUUACAUACUAGAGAAACACAACGGGCGUCUACCAAUUCGCAUUAAGGCUGUUCCUGAGGGUACAGUUAUUCCCGUGAGGAAUGUUUUGUUUACUGUGGAAAAUACGGAUCCAAACUGUUUUUGGCUUACUAAUUACCUUGAGACAGUACUCGUCCAAGUUUGGUAUCCACUCACAGUAGCGACAAAUUCUCUCGAGUUCAAGAAAAUAAUUUUUAAGUACUUACAGGAGACAUCUGAUGAUUUGUCUCCGCUUCCAAUGCUGAUGCACGAUUUUGGUUUUCGCGGUGUAUCCUCCAUUGAGUCUGCAUCGAUCGGUGGAACGGCGCACUUAGUUUGCUUUCGUAGUACUGAUACGAUGGCAGCCCUUUUAUUUGCCAAGCGAUACUAUAACUGUAAUAUGGCUGGAUUCAGCAUUCCUGCUACGGAACACAGGAUAUACUGA